AUGACGAGAAUGACGAGAUUUCGAGUGGAUGCGGACGGCCAACCCGCUUCCGGGACGAACUAUUCACCUGGUGGCCUCAGCGUGGCACGAACUUUACGGGGGCUUGGCGAACUAAAGGACUCUGCCACGCGACUUGUACGAAAGGCAGCGAAGGCGGCAGCGUGCACCAUGAACUCUUUGUCUGGAAUGAUCCAGGAGGAGGGAAAACGCGACAGAAGCGAGGGGAACGCCCAGACAGCACCAGCGCGGCUUGAUGCCAUUUGGGUGGCUUUCCUCUGCGCAUUGCGGGAGAUGAAGCUGGUGCACGGCUUUGGAGUGCCAGGUUUUUGGGGAUCUCUCCAAAGACCUACAAUUAUUUUGGAAUCAUGUCUGGCCGGCCUGGAUGGUCAAACCGCAUUCCGUCUUGCCGAGUUGGAUCAAUUUUGA